AUGGAUAUGGACCAGAUGCUUCUCUCAGGUAUUCUUGAAAUAACUGCUGUUGACGUUGGAAUCGUUGCCAUCAAGGGCUUGUUCUCUGGCAGAUACCUGGCCAUGAACAAAAGGGGCAGACUUUAUGCUUCAGAAAAUUAUAAUGCAGAGUGUGAGUUCGUGGAGAGGAUCCAUGAAUUGGGUUACAACACCUACGCGUCCCGUCUCUACCGGACUGUACCUAACAGAGCCGGCACCAAGCGCAAAGCCAGCGCAGAGAGACUCUGGUAUGUCUCAAUCAAUGGGAAAGGACGACCCAGAAGGGGCUUUAAAACUCGCAGGACACAGAAAUCGUCUCUCUUUCUGCCCAGAGUAUUGGACAACAAAGACCAUGAAAUGGUCCGACUGUUCCACACAAACGUGAAAUAUCGAGAGAGUCUCCUGAAGCCCCCGAGCAAGAACCAGCGAAGAAGGAGAGGACGCUGA